AGAAAACUCAUCCCAGGACGCUCAGAGUCUCGCAUGACCUUGGCAUGCCAAUUUCGCUGAUGUGUCUGACCUUGGCACUGCCCACUUCUCUAGCACAAGUUCUCCCAUGAAUUCUACUUGGUCAUCGUUUGGUCUUAGCGCUUAGUUUCAUCAUCCCAGCGUCUAUCAUGCUGAACAGCCACAACGUGGAAAUACAUCAUGUAUAGCACGACCUGAACCUCAAUCGCUUGGUCUAAUCAUACCAGCGUCUAUCGUGAAGACCAGUCCUCAACAACCUGGAAAUCCACGAGUAGCCAUCGCCUAAACCCUCAACCUCUUCUCCACUCUCUCAGCCGAACUCCAUCCACGGUCCCCAUAUCCCUACCCCCGUCUUCUCCUACCACUCAUUCCACCCAGCACCAAGCCUAUCUUCGAUUCUUAUCGUUUUGCUUCAUCGUACCAUCAUGCCCAGUAGCGCAGGAAUCCAAUCUAUCAGGCUUGAAAUCAUCGGUGGAAACAAUCUUCAAGUCCCCUCCUGGCGUCAAUCCGCUGGCAUUUACAUAUCCAUCAAUGUCGACUCGAGGAGACACUGGAAAUCAGCUAUCAGUGUCUUAUCAUCUGAUGAAUCUGUAGCGUGGGGAGAUACCGUGACCCUACCACAGACAUCACCUGCAUUAUCAGUGGAGAUCUGGGCGUCCUUUGAGCUCGAUCGAAUGCUGGGAAAUGGUGAAAUCAUCGCAAAACUUCAAAUAUCGUGGAAUGAGCUACUCGAUAAUGGAGAUGAGCCAUUCACUGUUCGUGGUGUCAUGCCUUCGCUCACGCUAAAGGCUGCUGUUAUAAACACUUGUGAUAUUCAGGACGGUACACUGUUUGAUUCCAUCGUAGACUGCGAGAUUGCUCAAGCCACAGAUGCGGGUCAUGCACGAUAUGCCGAAUACAGGACCAGCAAGAUGGUCUCCUACCUGAACGAUGCUAUAGAGCGUUUUCAGUUGGCCCGCCUUGAAGGCUAUAUUCGAAAUGAUCUCCAAGACAUCGACACCACCAUCUCGCUCUUCUGCGAAGCCCGCGCCGUCCAUAUUCAUGAAUCUCUGCAACUGUGCUGCAAGCUACUGCUCAUCUGUCCAGAGGGCACCUACCUUCGUAGCCUUGGCGCAGACAGUGAGGUCAAUUAUGCGAUAGGCGAAUGCAAUGAUCUUCCUGUUGAUGUAUCUGAUGAAGGCAUCCGCCUUCAACGAGUCGUGCUCGAGCUCUGUCCCCUGGGCCAGAAAUACCGUCCAAAAACACUUCACAAACUUUCAAAGUUACUCAUCACACGCUUCAGACAAUGGGGCAGCAUCGAUGAUAUAGACGAGAGCAUACGACUUCGUCGCGAAGCCGUUUUUCUGUGCCCUAAGGGACAUUCUGACUGUGGUACCUACUUGAACGACUUGGCCUCUUCACUGGAGUCCCGCUUCAAUCACCAAGGAAAAUCUCAUGAUCUCGACGAGGUCAUCUCCUUACAUGAAGAAGCACUGCUCCUGCGCCCUGUUUGGCACAGAAAACGUGAUUUCUCAGUGGGAAACCUAGGGGGUGCCCUCCGCACCCGUUUCAACAAACGCGGUGACAUCAAAGACAUCGCCCGAGCUAUCAGCCUCUAUCGCGAGGCACUGAUAUUGCACCCACCUGGGCAUCCACGUCGCGACACCAUGCUUAACAACCUUGCCCUCGCGCUCACCACCAGAUAUGGCAAAAUGCGUGUCAUUGAGGAUCUUAAUGAGGCCAUUGACCUAUAUCGCGAAUCCCUUCGGUUAACGCAGCUUGACGAUCCACAGCGCUAUGCGACUCUUGGAAAUUUGAGCUCGGCGCUCGGCUCUCGUUUUACGCGAACUCAGAAGCAUGAAGAUGUCGAGGAGGCCAUUCGACUCUGCCAAGAGUCAUUGGUGGCAUUGCCUUCACUGCACCCAGAUAGAUGUCUCAUCUACUGGUGGUUGCAGGUAGCCUAUCUAUCUCGUUACCAGAUGGAGCACAACCCCGGUGAUUUGUCACUUGCUGUGAAUAACUUCAGACUGGCAUCAGGACACCCUACUCAAGGCUUUCCGCGUCGAAUUAAAACAACCUUGAACUGGGUUCAUGAAACUAAAAGUCAUCAACACGAAUCUGCCCUCGAAGCAUACAAAGUAUGCUUGGAACUUUUCGACAACCACGUGAUGACGCGAUCGUCGAUCAUCUCACGGCGCGAGGCUGCAACAGAUUUUGCUGGUGCACAGUCACUGCCAGGUCGCGGCCAGCAAUGGUCGCUGGCCUCCCGGCUCAGGACUCCGCUAGAAGAGCUGAAAUCUGCGAGUCUGCAACUAGCUCAAACACUCGCGGACCUCAGAACACACCUUUCGGACGCUCAGAGUUCCACCGGCAGCACUGACAGAGCUGCUGCUGAUCGGGCAGCAACCGACUAUAGGAGACUUACAAGGCAAUGGGAGGCUGCGGUAGCUGAGAUACGCAAUAUUCGAGGUUUCUCGCGGUUCCUGCUCUCGUCGUCAUAUACAGAGUUGCAAGCGGCAGCGCGCCACGGCCCGGUCAUUAUCCUCAUCGCAAGAGAGCCCCACCAUGUUCACUUCCCGCGCAUCACUCUUGCAGAUCUGAAGAAGCUCAAGAAUGACUUUGCCAAGGAGAUACGACAAGCAUCUUUUAUGCACGCAAAGGAGCCGAGGAAGGAUUUGCGAGUCCUCUUGCGGACAGUAUGGGACCACAUCAUGCUACCCAUUGUAAAUGUCCUCCAGCGUGAUCUCAAAUUACAGCGCCGCUCUCGUAUCUGGCUGUGUCCAACUGCGGCCUUCACUUCCAUUCCUCUCCAUGCAGCUCACCCCUUUCGAACGAAGGCAGAUUACUCUGGGAAGGAGCCGUGCUUGGAGGAUCUUUACAUCUGCUCUUACACUCCAACACCUUCGGCUUUAAUCAGAGCUAGACAGAUGAUGAAGACGCGUGUCACUCAAUCCUUCGCAGCGAUCGGACAAAGUAAACCGGGCGUAGGGCAAGGCAUGGUUCUCGCCACUGUCGACAGCGAGCUUGAGCUCGUCCAUACACUCGUUCCUCCCGAGAUCGAAUUCACUAGCCUUUCGGGAGACGAGGCUACACAAGCAGGCUCACUCAAUGCUUUGCAAUGCAAUAAUUGGGUGCACCUCGCUUGUCAUGGCAAGCAAGACCGAAAGCAGCCCUACAAUUCACGUUUCGCAAUGAAAGACAAACCCCUCACACUGCUCGACAUCAUGGAGAAAGAUAUUCCGCACGCCGAGUUCGCGUUCUUAUCGGCGUGCCAUACCGCCGCUGGCGAUGAGAAGACGCCUGAUGAAGUCAUACAUCUCGCAGCUGGCCUUCAUUUUUCAGGUUUUAAGAGCGUCAUUGGUACACUGUGGGCAGUCGAUGACGCUGUCGCAAAACACGUUGUCGAAGCUUUCUAUGAGAAAAUGUUCGAGGGUUCGAAGGACGGCGGUAUCAUGGACUGUACGAAGGCAGCCCAGGUACUCAACCAUGCUACAGACGCCGUGAAGAUGAAGGUGCCGCUCGAGCAGAGAAUCGUUUUUAUUCAUAUUGGUGUGUAG